AUGUUGGCGGAUGGUAACCAUAAUUCUUUUUUAUUACUAGCUGAAGAUGAAAGUUCUCUUAUGCAAGCUGAAUGUGCAAAUUAUUGUGAUGUUAAUUGGGAUUUGAGCUUUGGAUCUGAUGAACUACCAGAAUAUUGUACCGAUUGGAGAUGUUCAACUAACUAUUAUCAAUGUGUAAGGUCAAAACAAUGUAUUCCGAUAGAAUGGGUCUGUAACGGUGUAUGGGAUUGUAAUGACGGAAGUGACGAAGAAGCUAUUCAACUUCAAACAGUAUUAUCGGAUCACAACUCGAAAGUGAUAAUGAAUUUAAUGCAAAUGAAAAGUCUCUGUCGUGAAAAGAAUGUUAAUCGACCAUUCGACAUGUUAUGCAAUUAUACCCACAAAUAUCCAUGCCUAUUGGUUGAUGUUGACGAAUCAUUUAAUUUUACAUCGAAUCGACCUUGUAUUCAUUUGAGUCAAAUCGGAGACGGUCGCGUCGAUUGUUAUGGUAGCCUUGAUGAACGAAAUUUAAUUGCUUGUUCAUCACAUAAAAUGUUAGGAUUUAACUUCAAAUGUGAACACGGCCGUGAACUUGUAGAUAAAUACUGUAUACCGCAAGUGCACCAUUGUGAAUGGCGUUGUUUAAAUAAUGAAGACAAAUACUUAUGUUUUUAUUUAUUAAAUAAUUUGAGAAUUCCAUGUAAUAAAACACGGCCAGUGGCAGCGGAUAUGUUAUUCAGAGAUGUGUAUUGUUUAAACAAAACAUGUAUAGAAAAUGCUAGGUGUAACGGAAUACCUCAAUGUGAAUAUGGUGAAGAUGAAUAUUAUUUUAGCAUCCGAAGUCUGCCGCAACUCGCUAUUGAUUUUGUCGGAAUACAAGAAGCAGCAAGACACUUUUCGCGCCAAGGCUGGCUGUGCAAUCGUGGUGUUGCUAUAGGAAUGAAAGAUACACUUAGCGGCGAUAAAUCAAUAGCAUGUUUUUGUCCUCCAUCAACAUAUGGGCACUACUCAAUGUGUCGUCCAUCUUACCGAGGUCUAUUUUACGAUGAUAAGCCACUCUGUCAAUGCUCCAUGAACCGUUAUGGCCCAGGUUGCUUUAUUCCACGGCAAUGUGAUAUGUUUAAUGGUCGAAAUCUUUGUUUAAACGGCGGCACAUGUUACAUCCAAUUUGAACCGGAUAAUACAGUUGAAGAUUAUAUAUGUUUAUGUCGUCCAUCAUAUUUCGGUAAUCAUUGUCAGCAUAAUUCUGGGAAGCUAGAAUUAAGAUAUAUAAAAUCGAUGUCUAGGGAAAAACAACCAGUUAUAGCUUCUGUACUCCAGUUAUACGAUAUAAGUGACAAAACAUGGAAUUUAAUAAUGAAAAAACAAAAUGUUUAUACAAAUGAGUUAACAUCACAUACAGAAUUUAUUCGUGAUCAACUCUCACUUCCGAUUUUGGGACUAUUGAAAUUACAUUUUUCACCACAAAUCUCUCCACCAGCUUAUUAUCUUUUAUAUGUUAAAACAAAUCAUACAUAUUUGAACUUAUCUAUGAUUUUAAACGAAAAAAAUCAUUGUCGACAUACACAUACAAUAUUUAAUUUAGACAAGACACAGAAUUCGACGACAACAGUUGGCAGUGGUUAUUAUCUGUUUGUCCACAGUUUAACAAGUCAGUUGUCAUUGAUGUUUUUAUUGCUGAAAGUCAUACAUGUUCUUUUGGGCACGAAAGGAAUGAUUUGGAAUUCUUUAUGGAAUACGAUUUGGUGUAAAUUAGUUAGUUUUAUACUAUCAGCAUUUACGAGAAUCAGUUAUUGGCUCACGGGACUCGUCACAAUUGAACGCCUGUAUGUUAUACUCUAUCCAAAAGGUCUGUGGUUGAAAAAGCCGGCUAUUGCUAAACAUAUUAUUCUUAUAAUUGUCGUUCUUACACUUGGUUCACAUGUGCAUGAACUGGUUGAGUAUUAUAUUGUACAAGAUCCAAAAUAUAGCGAGCAUGGUACGUGGUGUGUUACACAAUUUUCUACUGUUUUAUCAAUCUACAAUCAAGUCAAUAUAUUCAUUCACUAUUCGAUUCCAGUUUUAAUUAAUUUUAUUUCAACAUUCAUUUCAAUUAUUUUGAUUGCUCGCAAACGUGCAAAUGCUACUCGAAACAAGACUCAGAUAAGAGUGUUUCGUGAACAAUUACAAAAACAAAAAGAACUAUUCAUACCAUCGUUACUCAUACUCUUGUGUUCAUUACCACAAUUUAUAAUAUCAUUUUCAUUGGCUUGUACAGAAUUAAAUGUCAAUUGGCAACGUUAUUCAUUAACUGUAGCUUAUUUCUUAUCGUAUGCACCACAAGUUAGCUCUUAUUUUCUCUAUAUUCAACCGUCGACUAUGUAUAAAGAACAGUUUUUACAAACAUACGUUGGAAAAAAACUAAGAAAAUGA